AUGGUAGAUGAACUAGGAUAUAUGAUUAAGGUCAGAGACCUAUUUGGCCCAGGACUGUGUACCCAGGAAAAGUAUCUCACUGUCAUACUGCAUGGGGUUGCUGGAAGUGGGAAGUCAACCCUGGCCAGGCAUGUGAGGAGAGCCUGGGAGGAAGGUUCGUUGUUCAGAGACCGCUUCCAGCAUGUCUUCUACUUCAACUGCAGAGAGCUGGCCCAGUCCAAGACAAUGAGUCUCGCUGACCUCAUCACAAAAGACUUGGCUGCUCCUACAGCUCCCAUUAGAAAGAUUCUGUCUCAUCCAGAGAAGCUGCUCUUCAUUCUUGAUAACUUAGAUGAACCAAAAUGGGACUUGAAGGAGCAGAGUUCUGAUCUCUGUCUCCACUGGAGCCAGCAGCAGCAGGUGUGCACACUGCUGGGCAGUUUACUGAAGAAAACCUUACUUCCCAAGGCUUCCCUGCUUAUCACAGCUCGGAUCACAGCUCUGCAGAGGCUCAAACAUUCUUUCAAGCAGCCACACUGGGUGGAGGUCUUGGGAUUCUCUGAAAUUGCCAGGAAAGAAUAUUUCUACCAAUAUUUCACAGAAGAGAAACAAGCAAUUAGAGCCUUCAGCUUGGUUAAAUCAAACUGUGAACUCUUUACCAUGUGUCUCAUGCCCUUGGUGUCUUGGCUGGUCUGCACUUGCCUGAAGCAGCAGAUGGAGCAGGAGCAACCACUCUCACUGACCUCCAAGACCACCACAGCCCUCUUUCUGCACUAUUUUUUCCACGUUCUCCCAGCUAAAUCCCUAGGGACUAAGCUGAGGGGCUUCUGCUCUCUGGCUGCUGAAGGCACCUGUCAAGGAAAGACCCUGUUCAGCCUAAAGGACCUCAGGAAACAUGGGUUAGAUGGGGCUACCACCUCCACUCUCUUAAACAUGGGUAUUCUUCAAAAGCACCCCACCCUUCUGAGCUUCAGCUUCAUUCACCUGUGUUUCCAGGAGUUUUUUGCAGCAAUGUCCUAUGCUUUAGGGAAUAGGGUGGUGAAAAGUGAUUGCUUUAAUAACAUCAGAAUUGCGAGAGAUUUGACAGAUGUAUAUGGCAAUAGUGACCUGUUUGGGGAACCAAUCACAUGUUUCCUAUUUGGCCUUUUGAGUGAGCAGAAAAUGAAAGAGAUGGAGAGCAUCUUCAAAUGCAGUAUAUCUUGGAAGAGGCAUUGCUAUCUGCUGCAUUUAGCGGAAAGGGAGGUCAAACUCAAACAUCUGAACCUAGAGCCAUAUUGUUGGCACUUGCUCCACUGUUUUUAUGAGAAUCAGAGCAAAAGAGUUCUGAAAGAUGUGAUGUGCAAUUUCUAUGGAAUAAGGGUAUGUGUCCAAACCGACAUGGAGCUCCUUCUCUUCACUUUCUCCUUUAAAUUCUGCUACCACAUGAAGAGGCUUCAACUGAAUGAGGGGGAACAACACAGAGAAGCAUGGAAACCCUCCAGUGUAGUUCUGUCCAGCUGGGGCCCAUUCACAGACGCCUGGUGGCAGAUUUUCUUCUCCAUCAUCCAAGUCCAUAACAGCCUGCAGGAGCUGGAUCUGAGUGGAAACCCCCUGAGCCGCUCUGCUGUACAGAGUCUUUGUGAUGCCCUGAAAAUCCCUCUCUGCCAGCUGAAGACCCUGAGGUUGGCCGGCUGCAGCCUCACACCACAAAGCUGCAAGGACCUUGCCCCUGUGCUGAGAACCAGCUGGAGCCUGAAAGAGCUGGACCUGAGCUUCAACCUGCUCCUGGACACGGGAGCCAAGUGCCUUUUCCAGAUGCUGGAACAUUCCUUCAGCAAGCUGCAGCAACUGCUGCUGGUCAGCUGUGGCCUCACAUCUGGCUGCUGCGAGAACCUGGUCUCCAUGCUCAGUAACAACUUCCUGCUGUCAGAGCUGGACCUGCGGCAGAACGACCUGGGCGACCUCGGCGUGAGGCUGCUCUGUGAUGAGCUCAGGAAGCCUAACUGCCAGCUCAGGCACCUGGGGCUGGACCAGACUCAGCUGAGUGAGGAGGUGACAGAGAUGCUGAGGCUCCUAAAGCAAGAGAAGCCUCAACUGCUCCUCAUCAACACUGGGAUACCAAGUCAUACGAUCACUAAGGAGGACCCAGGUGAGGACCAGAUGAAUGAAGACACAUCCCCAGUCGAGCAGCAAGAACCAGAAUUAGCACAGGUGGAAUCCUUCUGUCUGUCUUCUCCUGAACCUCUGGGGGACCUACCAGUGGAGCCUCUAGGGACUGAAGAUGCUUUCUGGGGCCCCACGGGGGCUGUGAUUCCAGAGGUGGUUGAUAAAGACAAGAGUCUGUACCGAGUUCACUUCCCUAAGGCUGGUUCCUACCACUGGCGCAACACAGGUCUCCACUUUGUGGUGAGAGGGUCAGUGACCAUUGAGGUUGAAUUCUGUGCUUGGGAUCAGUUCCUGGACUGGACUGCCCCACAGCACAGCUGGAUGGUUGCAGGGCCUCUUUUUGACAUCAAGGCUGAACCAGAAGCUGUGGCAGCUGUGUACCUCCCUCACUUCAUAGCCCUAAAAGAGAAACAUGUGGACAUCUCCUGGUUCAGUGUGGCCCACUUUAAAGAAGAGGAGAUGCUUCUGGAGAAGCCAGCCAGGGUGGAGCCACAUUGCAUAGUCCUGGAGAACCCCAGCUUCUCCCCCAUGGGAGUUCUACUGAAAAAGAUCCAUGCUGCCCUGCACAUUCCUGUCAUCUCCAAUGUGUUGCUCUACCAUCGCCUCCAUCCCGAGGAAGUCAACUUCCACCUCUACCUAAUCCCCAGCGACUGCACCAUUGAGAAGGCCAUAGAUAAUGAAAAAAAGAAGUUCCAGUUUGUGCGAGUACACAAGCCGCCCCCGCUGGCCCCACUCCACAUAGGCUCCCGAUAUAUUGUGUCUGGUUCACAGAAAAUGGAAAUAAUCCCUGAGGAACUGGAGCUCUGCUAUCGGAGCCCUGGGAAACCCCAGCUCUUCUCUGAGUUUUACAUUGGCCCUUUGGGGUCAGGGAUCAGGCUGCAAAUUAGAAGCAAAAAUGAUGAGACUCUGUUAUGGGAGGCCUUGGUGAAAUCAGGAGACCUCAGACCUGCAGCCACCCUGGUCUCUGGAUCCCUGAUAGCCUCACCUUCACCCACAGAUACCCCAACCUUACUGCACUUUGUGGACCAACAUCGGGUGCAGCUGGUGGCUCGAGUGACAUCAGUGGACCCAGUCCUGGACAUGCUGCAUGGACACGUGCUGAGCGAGGAGCAGUAUGAGAGGGUGCGGGCUGAGCUCACCAACCCAGACAAGAUGAGGAAGCUGUUCAGCUUCAGCAAGUCCUGGGACCGGGCCUGCAAAGAUCAGCUCUACCAAGCCCUGAAGGCGACCCAUCCUCACCUAAUUGUGGAACUCUGGGAGAAGUGACACAGACUACGGGAGCUGCUGAAAGCUCGGCAGCUGAAGUCUGAACACCUGCUUAUGAGUCCUGG